ACUACUCUUGGAUUGCUCUGGUUCUUCUCUCACUAAUGACAAGUGACGUUGGAGUAUUUGGCCGGGCGGUAGACACGCGGGGAUUUUUGUCAGAGUCACCAGAGAUCGCAAAUGAAUCACCCACACCAACUUUACGCACGGAGGCGCACCGGCAGCAGUGCGCAGAGCUGUCGGCUCCUUGGCUGGAAAACACACAAGCUCUUCAGGAUAAUUCAACUCUGCUACAGCUCCGCGUUCGGCCCUUUUCUCCGGGAGUUUCUCGGGGCCUGGUUUUCCCGGGGAAAUCUCUUUUCAGUUUUGUGCGACGGGUUUACCGUUGCUGUCAAGAAGGACUAAGCUGCAGAAGUGUCAAAGGGAUUCAGGGUCGCCAGAGAGGAGAUACAGAUGUGGAGUUUCUCCUCACCAGCGAGAUCCUGUCAUUGACAGUUAUGAGAGCUGAGCUUCACCUCCAACUUUCAAACCCACAACAUCUGGAUGUCCGUCCUGUGCUUCCAUUUAUGGCAAAGCGCAACCUUCCAACAAGGUAUAGUAUGUGGUCACGGGGUCACACGGUGGAGCUGAGAGUGGACCUGCUGUUCCUCCUACAGAUUUUGCAGGAGGCGGCAGGCGGUGCCGGAGGGGGUCCCAGCUUGAUGAACAUGCGGCGGGUCAUGUCUUCUCCCAGAGGGGAUCCAGGAGCUCUACAGGACACUGACGGCAAUGUGUGGGGGGAUGGGGUUGCCAUAGCGCUGCCUGCUCCUGAACUGGGCCUGGGCUUGGGCUUGGUGCUGGACUGCAGUCAUGGUGGAGUGGGGGCGUCCUGCGAAACCAGCGGCGUUCACCUAUCACACACACCUUUCAUGGCUCUGUACUACAGAUAAAGACUGGACUGAGAUCAGUUGAGACCAUAAAGGAAGAGAAUCAUGUUUCACCCACAGAUGCCUCAAAGCAUAUCAAGAAAUAUUGCACUUCAAUGUCAAAUCUAUUAAUUUAUAAAUGUUAUGUUUUGUACAAUAGGCUAUAUAUAUUAUGUAAAUUGUGAAUAUGAUAUACUGUACGCUUAU